AUGUCGGCCUUCUACGCGCCGCCGGUGACCGAUCCGGCGGGCACAGACGUGCGCACGAACGCCGUCUACGCAGUCGGGCGAUUGCGCGAAAAGUUCCCUGAACGCAUUUCUGCCUCCGAUCUGAUCACCUUUGUCUUACCUGUCCAGCGACGUGAUGAGACCACCGUCCAACACUUUCUGGCGGUUCUCAACGCCAACUCGAAAGUCACAUAUGACAAGGAAACGGACAGCUUCUUGUUCAAACCCGAACACAACAUCACCGAUGCAGACUCCCUGCUCCAGUUCCUGCAGAAGCAAGAGACGGCAAUGGGGAUCCAGGUGUCGAAACUGAAAGACGGCUGGGCUGACGUCGAAGAGGCAAUUGACAAACUCGAGGCCGAGCACCGCUUGCUGGUGACUCGCAACAAGAAGGAUCAUCACCCGCGCAUGGUCUGGAUCGACGACCCCACCCUGCAAGCACCGCUGGACCAAGAAUUCAAGGAUCUCUGGAACCAGAUCCCGUUACCGAGCGUGGAGGACACGAUCAAAGAGCUUCGUAAAAUGAAUCACAAGUCCACGGGCGAGCCGGCUAGGACGGACCUCGCCGUGAAACCCAAGGAGAAAAAGAGGAAAGUCCGCAGAGGCCAGAAAAUCACCAACGUGCACAUGCAGGGUCUAUUUAGGGAUUACUCGGAAAAGAAACCAGACGUUAAGAAGUAA